AUGGUUCCUCCAAAGAACAAUCAGGCCCCUAAGAAGGGUAAUGAGGAAGAAAGUUGGAGAAUUAGAACUCCUGCCAGCGCUGGACCCAAUGUUGGAUCUGCAAAGAAACCUAAUGUACGAAAAGGUAGUAAAGGAACUUCCUCUUCGAGUCGGGUUUCAGAAGACCUGAUUCUCUUCAAAGAAGAUUCAACUAGACCGGUAAGUGGAAGGGACAGACCCUCUGGCCCCUAUUUUAGUCAGAGAAACAGGUCCAAAAAGGUAAUAGUAGUUAUUCAUCCGAUUGAAUCUACUGAUAGUAUAGAGGAGAGUACGACUCCAAUACUUUUUGACAAGCUUUCUGCAAACUUUGAUUUGUCGUCCCAGGUUCCGAAGCUCAUUAUCCACAUGGACGAAUAUGCGAUCAGUUUUCAUGUGCAUAACUUCACUCUGGCUAGUGCUGAUUCUACCGUCCAAACACCAGAUGACUGCCUCUUCAAGCAUUUGACUUUUGGAGGCAAGAAUCCUGCUAACUGGAGCAUAGCUGAUAUUCAAUCCGCGUUUGCUGAUGUACUGGACACACCUGGUCUUACCUUUGACCAAGCAGUAGAGUUAUACAAAUUUGGAAGAGGAGUAUUGAAUGAAAAAUCUGACGACAAUGUUAAUGAAAAGGCUGGAGCAGGGUUCUUCGCUUUGAACUUUAUCUUAAAAGGUCGCAUAUCACCACGGAGACUUCGCGAUGGUUGCACACCCAACAACGACAGCGAAGUUAGAGCUUUGAAGCUUCAAAUAACUUUGAAAAAGAGUAACUUUGUGUUUACUUUAGUUCGAAACUUUGGAAACUUUAGCGAUGAUCUGGAUGCGUACUGGAAACAUAGAGUCGCAGUUUGUUCACAACAAGGGUUAUGGCUGAUAUUCAAUGGCCAUGUAACGGAGACUUUAGGUCGACGAUUCAAGGAUUGGUACACGAAUCCGACAAAAUUCCUUCCUCAUGAACCUUGGAUGGCCGAGAUACCCGCUGAAAGGAGCGAGAACGGGAUCCAAAGAUAUGUUACACACAACGCAAGAAACAACUUUGGCUCAAUGACAGAGUGGGAAAUUGUGUUCAGCACCGCUGUUAUUCAUGAUGUCGCAGCCUCAAUCAAGCUAAACGAGCAAUACUAUCAUUGGGAUCGAACAUAUGAAGCAAUUGUAAGGUAUGUAAAGAAUGAUUAUGUUCAACUUGGAUUUGACAUCCCAAGUGAUGGGGAGUUGCCCUUCCCUUCAAUUACUGGAGGGACUCGAUUUCUGGUUAGAUAUGGGAGGUGCGUAACAGCUGAAGACUCUAUUGCUGAUUUGGAAAAUCACAAAGACAAGAUUGAAGCUGAUGAAACCUCAAAGGUAGAAGAUGAUGAAGCCUCUUCAGGUACUACUGACAUCACCAAUAGCCAAGAAAUUAUUGAAACUAACGUGCCAGAGCAGAACAAAGGCGAGCAAGUCAUCUAUGGUUCCAGCGAAGGUAAGGUUGCCGUUCAGGACGUUGUCAUUGACGGUAUCAAUAGCAUAGAAUGGACCGCUCAAGUUCUCGUGGCCGAGAAGAAUAAGCAGUUCGUCAUUUCUUUCAUUAUGCCUCAUGGUAAGCAAAGAAAGUUUCACGUAGGAAGCAAAGUCGAUGUUCAACUGAAGGUCUUGAACAAUCACCUUGCUAUGACACGGCAACUUAAAGCCAUUGGUAUGAUUGCUGAGAAUAAAGCUAAGGACGAUACUUAUGGACGAAUCCUUCAAAGGUUCAUACUAGGUGAAGGUAUGGCUGAUGUUAAAGAUGAUAUUGAGGAUCACCUUCGCUCGCAACGCUCCAACGAGUCAGAGAAGGCAAACCCGUCGCCGCAGAAUGUUUUGUCAAAGAAGGAAUCGACGAAAUAG